GUUCUCCGGAAGAAAUCCGCCUCUUGGUGCUGGGAACUUCCUCUUCGUGGACAGCCCAGGCCUAGUGCACCAUGGGACGUGUAAUCAGGGGACAGAGAAAAGGUGCGGGGUCUGUUUUCAAAGCCCAUGUAAAGCACAGGAAGGGUGCUGCUAAGCUGAGGGCUGUCGACUUCGCAGAAAGGCAUGGCUACAUCAAGGGCAUUGUGAAAGACAUUAUCCACGAUCCUGGCCGUGGUGCUCCACUUGCUAAAGUUGCCUUCCGUGACCCUUACAGAUUCAAAAAGAGGACUGAACUUUUCAUUGCAGCUGAGGGUAUCCACACUGGUCAAUUUGUGUACUGUGGCAAGAAAGCUCAACUAAACAUUGGCAAUGUCCUCCCCGUUGGCACCAUGCCCGAAGGAACCAUUGUGUGUUGUGUGGAGGAGAAGCCAGGUGAUCGUGGCAAGCUGGCCCGUGCGUCUGGCAAUUAUGCUACAGUCAUCUCCCACAAUCCUGAAACCAAGAAAACCAGAGUGAAGCUGCCCUCUGGCUCCAAGAAGGUUAUCGCUUCUGCUAACAGAGCUAUUGUUGGAGUUGUUGCUGGUGGUGGACGUAUUGACAAGCCCAUCCUGAAGGCAGGUCGUGCUUACCACAAAUACAAGGCUAAGAGAAACUGCUGGCCACGUGUCCGUGGUGUGGCUAUGAAUCCUGUAGAACAUCCCUUCGGUGGCGGUAACCAUCAGCACAUUGGCAAACCUUCAACUAUCAGGAGAGAUGCUCCAGCUGGUCGCAAAGUCGGUCUUAUUGCUGCUCGUCGUACUGGACGUCUGCGCGGCACAAAGACUGUGCAAGAAAAGGAGAACUAAAAAUAUUCCAUGCAUAAUUUACAGAAUAAACUUUAAAAACCU